AUGGCUCAAGUGAGACUGAAUCUUCUACUGGUGGGGAAGACUGGGCACGGAAAAAGCCUAACCGGCAACAACAUUCUUGGUAGACGUACCUUUAAAGUUUCGUCUAGUGUUCAAUCAGUGACAACAGAAAUCCAGCAAGAUUUUGCCACUUUUGGAAACUACGUAGUCAAGGUAGUCGACGGGCCAGGACUGAAAGACACGGCCGUAAAAAGUGCACAAGAUCAAGAAACGGCAGCAGCAAAUAUGACCCAAGCAUUGUCCAUGUGUGAUGGCUACGUUGAUGCUUUUUUGUUUGUUUAUAAGUAUGGCACCAGGUUUACAGAGGAGGAGAGGGGCGCACUGGAGGGUCUGAAGCUGAUUUUUGGGGAGGAAUAUUUCAGCCAUCUGAUCGUUGUAGUAACUAUGGGAGAUGUGUUCAGAGGGGACAUGGAGGAGGAGGGAAAAGGUAAUAUAGCCAUUGAUACAUGGUGCAAAAAACAGGCUGGCCCUUUCAGGAAGUUGUUUGAUAACUGCGGGGGCAGAGUUAUUCUGAUUAAUAACAAAGAAAAGGUCGAAAGUGCCAUGAAUAAACAAAGAGAAGCAAUUAUUGAACUUGCAAGCCACUUGCAAACAGUUAAUGGCAGGUACACGAGCGAGGCGUUUAAAGCAGCAAGGGAAUUGCGUGAGCUAUACAUUAUUCAACAAAAGUUUCCAAUACUGCAUGCACAAAUUCAAGAAAAGUGUGGUCUUUUGAUGGCUGAUUUAGAAAAAUACAUGAAGACACCAAGUGAAGAGGACAAACAUAAAAUUCAAGAAAGUAUAAAUGCUGCAAAGAAGGAAAUAAGAGAUCAGGCCAAAGGAACUAAAUUGUUGGAUCAUUUACUUGUACAUGUAGAGCAGCUUGAGAAGAAUCUCAAUAAUAUUGAUAAACUCAGACAAAUUACGCAGGAACUGGACGAUGCCAGAAAGUCGAACAGUACCUGGGAUAUGUUUGGAUCAUUCUGUAAAUAUUUGGCUGCUAGUGUAUCUGUUGCUUUUAGUAGUGUGAAGUUAGUGAAAAUGGUGACGAUGUUUAAGGGGACAUUGGGACUAGCCAUAGCCGGGGGUACAUUCGUUCUCAGUGCCGCGGCAACUGCCAUUGAUGGUCUACAGUCAACCAAUCAAGAAGAGAAACUCAAAGAGGAACAAGAAGCAAUCAAAAGCAAGUUGACAGAAUCCGGUCUUGGGGCUGAUGAAACCAAAUAG